AUGACAAAAUACGUGAUCGUAGGCUCGGGAAUAAUUGGUCUUUACACCACAUUCCAACUUCUCGAACAUCAUAUUGCACCCCAUGAAAUCACCGUAAUUGCGGAAUACAUGCCGGGGGAUGAGUCCAUUAAUUAUACUUCACCAUAUGCUGGUGGGAACUUUUCGUGCAUUACUGGUGAUGAUCCAGAUACGUUAGAAUUCGACAAAUAUACUUAUUUAAACCUUCAUCGGAUUCAAAAGGUGCUUGGGAAAGAAGCUGGAUUGGACAGAUAUCCUAGUGUUGAGCUUUGGGAUCGUCGUCCUGCUCCAGAAAAAAUUGAGAGUUUACUGAGUUAUUUAGAUCAGUAUGACGUCAUUACUGAAAAGGAUGAACUAGACGGAGCUGAAUUCGGAAUCAGGUUCCUUAGUUGGAACUUUAACUGCCCUAAAUUCUUAGCUAAUUUCCAAAAAUACUUGGAAAAGCAAGGGGUUAGGUUUGUUAAAAAGAGAUUGUCCCACAUUGUGCAAGCCUAUGGACCAAGCACUAAAACUGUCAUCAAUUGUUCUGGAAUUGGUGCCCGUACCUUGGGUGGUGUAGAAGAUAAGCAAGUUUAUCCUACUCGUGGUCAAGUAGUGGUCAUUAAGGCACCACAUAUCAUGGAGAACAAAAUGAGAUGGGGUGAUGAUUACGCUACGUACAUUAUCAAACGUCCUUACUCUCAUGAUCAGUUGAUUCUUGGUGGGUUCAUUCAAAAGGACAAUUGGACUGGUGACACUUUCAAGAGUGAAACUGAAGAUAUACUUAACAGAACGACUACUCUCUUACCUAAGAUCUUGUUGAAGAACCCUGGUGGUGAUAAGGUUGAAGAUUUGGAAAUUUUGAGAGUGGCUGCCGGAUUAAGACCAAGCAGACAUGGUGGUGCCAGAAUCGAACGGGAAAGCUUCGAUGAAGGAAAGGUGUUGAUUCAUAAUUAUGGUGCCAGUGGGUAUGGGUACCAAGCGGGAUUGGGUAUGGCUUAUAAGGCUGUCCAAUUAGCUGUAGCUAAAAGUAAGUUGUAA